AUGUCCUGGCUCUGGUCAUUCCUACCUGCAUUCCUGCUCCAAACCUUCCAUCCACAACUUGCAACUAAUCAUAAUACCGUCGUCCUCGCUCCCCGCGUGCUCAUUGUCAACUUUUUUGCUACCGAGGCCGCCGCUUGGUACAACCUGCCUAACCUCGACCUCCUCGCACAAAAUAUCACCCUCCCUGGUCUCUCGCCGCUGUUUCCUCAAGUGCACUGCACCAAUAAUGGAUUCAUCUGCCAGGUCAUCACCGGCCAGGCUGAGAUUAACGCUGCCACGACAAUAACCGCGCUCGUCGCUUCCCCGCAAUUUAACCUCCGCAGCACGUAUUUCGUGCUCUCAGGCAUCGGUGGCGUGAGCCCAGAGUAUGCGACCGUGGGGUCUGUCACCCUCGCGCGUUUCGCUGUGCAAGUCGGCCUGCAGCACGAAAUCGACGCUCGGGAGAAGCCGGCGGAUUUCCCGUCGGGCUACUUCCCACAAGGGGCCGCGCGGCCCGGCGUAUACCCCGGCUGGAUCGACGGCACGGAAGUGUUCGAGGUGAAUGAUGCGCUCCGCCGGGUCGCCGCCGACCUCGCCGGCCGUGGAAACCUAGAAGACACCGAGCCAGUCCGGGAUCUCCGCGCGCCAUAUGCUGCCACGCCUGGCUUCGCGAAAGGGGCCGGCCCGCCAAGCAUCGAGCUCUGCGACACGCUCACGUCCGACACAUUCUGGAGCGGCAGACUGCUCGCCGCGGCAUUCGAGGACUAUACCCGCGUUAUAACAUCCGGAAAAGCCGUACCGUGCUCCACACAGCAAGAGGACAACGCCGUGCUUGCCGCCCUCCUCCGCCGCGCCCUCGACAAAACUGUAAACUUUGCGCGGAUUGUCGUCAUCCGUGCCGGCUCCGACUUUGACCGCCAGUAUACCGGCGGGAACGCUGCUGAUAAUCUGUUAGAGCCGAUGGUCGGGCUUCCGCUUGCGGUGCUCAACCUCCGUAUCGCUACCCUAGAGGUCGUGAAUGGUAUUGUCGAUGGCUGGGACGCGACGUUUGAGCAGGGGAUCGAGCCGACAAAUUAUAUUGGCGAUAUACUGGGCUCGCUGGGUAGCAAACCUGAUUUUUAG